AUGUCUUCCGCCGCGCCUGCGCUGGGUUUGCGGACGCUGCCGAAGCCAGUGCUCCAGAAGCCUCCAGACUGCUUGGACCUCUGGCGUGAGUAUGACACGAUCCAGCACGUUUCUGAAGAAGUGGAGAAAAAGCGGCAAAAGCAGGUUAAAGCUCAAAAGUACAGGGAAGCCCUUGAUUCUCAAAUGCAGCAGGCGCAUGCGCAGCGUGAGGCGGAGGAGGUGGAGAAGCGACACGACAGGGCCAACAUGUUAGCAGAGAUGGAGCGUGCCCAGUCCGCAGCAACAGAAGAGCUUCAGAAGCAGAUUCAGAGGAAGCAGGUGUUGAAAGAGGCCACAGCACAACAACUCGCAAGGGCUGCUCGACACAAGAAGGGCGCAGCGCAACGCGCCAUGCGAGAACAGGAAGCGAUGGACCGUACUCUGGAGAGGGAGGAGCAGUAUCGGCAACAGGAGAUGGCAAGCAACGACAAUUUCUGUAGUGCUUCGUAG